AUGGACGAAAAUGACGAACAAGAUGCAUGGGACGAAGCAUUCAUUGCAGCUCAAAGAGCUGCCGGCCAGUUGGGGCCAACCCUUAACGUUAGGCGAGCUUCCGCAUCAGGUGCCAACCUCAGCGGACAAACAGUCAAGGGCAACAUUUCUCCACACCGUCGCGAAGACCAUUUUCCAGUCUACCGCCGCCGCAUGUUCUCGUUUAUCCGGGAGCGCACAAUGUUCUAG